GACGUACUGCGGCGCCGGAAGCCGCUCCCCUCCGAGCUUGCGGAAUCUAAGCGGCGGCCGCGAGUCGGCGCCAUGGCUGCCGAAGGGGCCCGGCCGCUGCGAAGCUCCGCCGGCCCGCGGGCGCCCAGGCGGCGUGUGUCCGUCCCGAGGCCCCGGGUCCCGGAGCGCGCCCUCAGGUAAAUUUUUCCAUAACCUUAUGGAGAGAAAGGACUUUGAGACAUGGCUUGAUAACAUUUCUGUUACAUUUCUUUCUCUGACGGACUUGCAGAAAAAUGAAAGUCUGGAUCACCUGAUUAGUCUGAGUGGAGCAAUCCAGCUCAGGCAUCUCUCCAAUAACCUAGAGACUCUGCUCAAGCGAGACUUCCUCAAACUUCUUCCUCUGGAACUCAGUUUUUAUUUGUUAAAAUGGCUCGAUCCUCAGACCUUACUCACAUGUUGCCUCGUCUCUAAGCAGUGGAAUAAGGUUAUAAGUGCCUGUACAGAGGUAUGGCAGACUGCCUGUAGAAACUUGGGCUGGCAGAUAGAUGAUUCCGUUCAGGACGCUUUGCAUUGGAAGAAAGUUUAUUUGAAGGCAAUUUUGAGAAUGAAGCAAUUGAAGGACCAUGAAGCCUUUGAGACCUCAUCGUUAAUUGGACACAGUGCCAGAGUAUAUGCACUUUACUACAAGGAUGGACUUCUCUGUACAGGGUCAGAUGACUUGUCUGCAAAACUCUGGGAUGUGAGCACAGGACAGUGUAUAUAUGGCAUACAGACUCACACUUGUGCUGCUGUGAAGUUUGAUGAACAGAAACUUGUAACAGGAUCCUUUGAUAACACAGUAGCCUGUUGGGAAUGGAGUUCAGGAGCCCGAACCCAACACUUCCGAGGACACACAGGUGCAGUGUUCAGCGUGGACUACAAUGAUGAGCUUGAUCUCUUGGUGAGUGGUUCUGCGGACUUCACUGUGAAAGUAUGGGCCUUAUCAACGGGGACAUGCCUAAACACACUCACGGGACAUACUGAGUGGGUAACCAAGGUGGUUUUACAGAAGUGCAAGGUCAAGUCUCUGUUGCACAGCCCUGGAGAUCACAUUCUCCUUAGUGCAGACAAGUAUGAAAUCAAGAUUUGGCCAAUUGGAAGAGAAAUCAACUGCAAAUGCUUAAAAACAUUGUCUGUGUCUGAGGAUCGAAGUAUCUGUUUGCAGCCCAGACUCCAUUUUGAUGGCAAAUACAUUGUAUGUAGUUCAGCCCUAGGACUUUAUCAGUGGGAUUUUGCCAGCUAUGAUAUUCUCAGGGUUAUCAAGACUCCAGAGUUAGCAAAUUUGGCAUUACUUGGCUUUGGAGACAUCUUUGCCCUGUUGUUUGACAACCGAUAUCUAUACAUCAUGGACUUAAGGACAGAGAACCUGAUCAGCCGUUGGCCCCUGCCUGAAUACAGGAAGUCAAAGAGGGGCUCAAGUUUCUUGGCAGGUGAAAUGUCAUGGCUGAAUGGACUAGAUGGGCAGAAUGAUAUGGGUUUGGUUUUUGCCACCAGUAUGCCUGACCACAGUAUUCACUUGGUGUUAUGGAAGGAACAUGGCUGAAGAUAUGGACAACAGCUAAAAUAAAUGACUUUGGGUGCUGAGGUUGCUUGUCCUAAUGCAGCCUCUGUGGGAGCCGAUUUUGCAUGAACCAAAGUUCACACCUAAUGGUAUCGUCAUGCAGUGCACAAUCAUUUAUUUUCCUGGGUGGGGAGUGAUGGGGGGUGGGGUGAAAGGUGGGGGGAAAGGGAUUAUUUUAUUGACAUAAUGCAACGCAGCAUGCUAACAGUCUACACCAUUGAAACUCAUUUGUACUUAGUUAUGCUUGUCAUUAUAAAAGAACAAAUUUUGGGCCUAUCUUUCUUGACUGGAGUAUUGGUUUUAAAGUAAAGCAAGUUAAAUGGUUUACAGAUGUACUAAUAAUUGAUGAAAUCCCAGUGGGUGAUUAAAGAUUUUUUGCCCUGGU